CCGUGACGUCACAGCAGUCAUGGCGUCCACGGCGGCGACCCGAUCAGCAGCUGGAGCCGCUAAAGUUGUUAAGCCUCUUUUUAGCCGGGACCUGGACGAAGCUAAGCGCAGGGUCCGGGAGCUGUACCGAGCCUGGUACCGAGAGGUCCCCAACACCGUGGCAACCUUUCAGCUGGACAUCAAAACGCGCCAGGGAAGAGACAAAGUGAGGGAGAUGUUUGACAAAAACAAGCAUGUCACUGACCCCCGUGUGAUCGACAUGUUAGUCAUUAAGGGGAAAAUGGAGCUUCAAGAAACAAUCCAUGUCUGGAAGCAGAAGACCCACAUUAUGCGCUAUUUUCACGAGACUGAGCAGCCUCGUGCCACCGACUUCCUGUCCAAAUUCUACGAGGGCCACAACCCAUGAACUGUUUGGGCAACUGCUGACCUCUGACCUCUAUGCUUGUGUCCUGUAUGACAGAUGUUUCCCUUUGAUGUAAAUACACACUUAACACUCACAUAUCUACAGUUGUCUUUUAUUGGGAUUGUCUUAAAGGAACAGUUCAACUAAUAACUCACUAAAACUGAAUCCAGAGACACUGUUGUGAUCAGUUGUUAUUUUGCAGGCAGACAGUUGGUAAAUAAACACAAUAUUUUUCCCAA